AGAAGCACUGAAAAAUAUUGAGUGGUUGAAAUUCCUUUUCUGAGGUGAAAAUAAUUAGCCCAAAUCGUCCCGUGUUCUACCCCACUCUCUCAACUCACUAUUUUCCAUAAAAAAUCACUGAUUUUCCCCGACAUUUACUCAAAUAUGUGACGUAUUAUCAUUUGUUAUGCCGACAGUUCAAGCAUGCUAAUCAAGAAACCAAAGAAACAAUUGUACAAGACCUUUUUCAAAAUCGGUAAGGGAUUUCUUCUAUUCGAAUUGGCACUUGCUGGGGGCUGCUACGUCGUUUGGUCACGGAUGAAUCGUUCUCAAGAUUUUCGGCAUUACAUGUCAGAAAACUGGCCAAGCAUUCUUGAAAGCUAUUACAGUAUUGGGGAGACGAUCAGCAGUGAGAAUAAAAAGAUUAGAGAGUAUGAUUUACUGACGUGGGCGAAUUCAAAGAGUUAGACAAGAUAGCAACAUUUUUCGAUAGUGUGGCGAUUUUCAACAUUUGAGGAUGAGUAUUCAUUUGUAAAUAACCGCCUAGGAGACAACAGGAAUUGACAACAACGGAAUUGCUACUCAGACAGUUACCGAGUCGACUGACGGACAGACACCCCCCUUGCGUGUGGCGCCCCCCCUCUCUUGGGGUGUAGUACUACGAUACCGCUGGGGUCACUCGAACCCCCAGAACUGAGCCUCUACUUUAGUCAAUCCUCUGUGGAGAGCCCUAUAAUCUCUUAACCUAUUCCGAAAACUUGUGUCUGCAAUUUCCACCUCCAAAAGCCUUUGAGGCAAUUCGAUUUUUGUAAUUAUUAGGGCAUUAAAAGUGUUAGGUGGCUCAAUUAUUGGAAUUGUAACCUUAUCAUUGGGAUAAUCAACACAAAUGCUUAAUGGCGGCCGGGAAAAUAGUAUUUUUACUGGCUAGUGGUACUGGGAUUGGCUAUGUUUUGAUGAAAAUUAUCACACCGGAUGAGAGAAAUCUUCCUUUAGAGAAAUUUCCGAAGCAGUCGAACGCCGUAGGAUAUAACCCCUGGGCGCCCUUUCAGCAAAAAUCUAAGCCUAUGUCAUCCCCAAGUGCAACCUCAUCAUCUUCCCCUGAGAAAUAACCCAGUGAUGGAGUCCUCGGAGGUGAUAAACAGUGACAGCCUUCCUGAUCGUAUCAACAAACGUGAUCGCGAGCGAAAAACGAUAAUCGAACGUCGACGAGAAGAAAAACAGCAAUUAACCGUCGACAACGAACAGUUGGGCUACUUUAAAGAUGCCUUUUACGCUUCAUGUAGCCAGAUUAAAUCCCUCCUGGACUCUGCCCCAUCAACCCCCAGCCCCUCCCUCCCCAGUCUCUUCGACAAAGUCAGCAAGGAGGUCCUAACCCUCAAGAAUUACCUCUCACAGUCUAAAAUAUUCCUCAAGGUGUACGACAUAAGACGAGCCCAGGAGACUCUCCAACAUCUCGAAAACGAAGCGUCAGAGCUCGAGAUGAAGCUCCUCCCAAAGAAGAAAUUUGGUUUCAAGAACAGAAGAGUUAUAAAAAAACCAUCGGACACGAAAACUAUUGACGUCACUGAUGGCCUAAAAGACCUCACUCUCUCCGAAGGAAUUGGAAAUGGCACCACUAGGCAGAAUAACGAUCUCACCGGUAAAUUCAACGAUAGUGCAAGCACAAUUACUGGAAAAACUGACCAACGACUCAUUCUCGAUGUCGAAAAUGUCAAUAAAAAUGAUGUUUUGCUGUCGGAUUUAACGAGAUGUAGAGUUAUCAUCUAUGGAGCACCUUCGACCGUUCACAUGGUCAAUAUAAAACAGUGCACAAUCCUCAUUGGACCUGUCUCGUCCUCUGUAUUUGCCCAUAAUUGUAAUCAAUCGACAUUUGCUUUUGCCUGUCAACAGUUUCGCCUCCAUUCCUCAUCUGAUUUAUCCAUCUACCUCCAUGUUACGAGCCGAGCAAUCAUUGAAGACUGCACAAAGAUAAGAGUAGCGCCUUACAACUGGAGUUACGAACAUCAAGAAAGUCAUUUUAAACUAGCUGGGCUCGAUGCGAAAGUUAAUAAUUGGGAUUCUAUCGAUGAUUUCAAUUGGCUGAGUUAUGAGAAACAGUCGCCCAAUUGGGGAAUCAUAAAGAGUGAACAGAGAGUGAAGAAUUGGGACUUGUGAAGAAAAACCAUGUUUCACGUUUUUAUUCGAAAAUAUUCGGUAAAGUUUGGCGAAUUGAUUUUGUCAUUUAUCCGUGUAUGUUCGCGCUUUUACAGAAGAUUAAUAAAUGCACGUAAUUGAUGAGUUCA